CAACGAGGACGCCACCAGAGCGUACAUUUCCUUCGUUUUAACGCUUUUAUUACGCUCUAAACGGCAACUUUUWUAAAUUUUCUGCACAGUUUAAUCAGCUAUCGUCUCUUGGAAAAGAACGAACUCACCAAAUAAAAUGCCUGGGAAAAAGGCCCAGCGAAAGACAGCUAACAAAGUAAAUCAGCCGGUAAGGAGCCAAGGUGUUCAGAUGGAAACAUGCCUUCAAUACCAAUUUUUGGACAUGGAUCAAAGAUUUAAUUUUCAGAGCAUUGGCGAUAUGAAAAAAUACCUUGAUAUCGCGAUGAACAUUGGAGAUGAAAAAAAGGAACAAUUUGCUUGUUUCUUUCUGCUUAGAAGUUACAGAGAUCUGAAUCAGCACUGUGAAUCACUUUCAUAUGGGAAAAGGUGUCUUAAACUAUGUGAGAAAAGCGGAGACAAAGCAAUUGAAAUGACAUCAUCUUUUAUAAUGGGUAAAAUAUAUUUUGAGGAAAAGAACUUUGACGAGGCGGUUGUUUAUGGUCAGCGAGGUCUCAAAUGUGCCAAAGACAUUGGUGAUACGAGAUAUCAAUCAAUGAUCUACCUACUUCUGCAAGAUUGUUUYCUUAGUUUGAAGAAAUACAAAGAAGCUAUCAGUGCCGGGCAAAGAUGCCUUGAGGUUUCUAAAGCUAUCGGAGAUACAUUUGGUGAAAGCUUCUCCUUGCAACUUUCUGGUGAAACAUACCGAUUACUUAAUCAAUCUGAAGAUGCUARCAAUUGCUUCAUAAAGGCCAGUGAUGCUGCAGAACAAUCUGAUAAUGCAAGUAGCAAAGCGGCAAUAAAUUUUGAUAUCGGAAAGUCGUUCUUCAAGAGCUGUGAAUAUGAUAAAGCAAUUGAAUACUUCAAAACAUCCAUCGAAAUUGCUGAAGAGAGUGGCUUUGAUACCACACACAWGCAUAUGGCUUUAGCCRAUAGUUACCUCGRAWUAGGUGAAMASSAUUUUGCUCUARCUCACGCCAUGAAAUGCCUYAAAUCAAGCAAAAGAAUCGAAGACAAGCACGCUGAGAUGGAUGCAUAURSAUUGCUUGGUWAUAUUCUUGAAUUGAUGGAKAGACAUGAAAAUGCUCUUUUGAAUAUMAACAAAGCAAUUGCRAUCAUGGAWGAAACAGGUUUGAAGSACCAUGAACAUGAGCUGUAUUUCCGACAAGGAAAAUUAAGCAAAGGCUUARMRAARUACRCUGAUGCAAUUGAGUCUUUUCAGAAGUGCGCCAACGUUGCACGGAAAACAGAAAACAAGCAAUUCGAAAAAGAUUGCUAUUUUGAGAUUGCAAAUUCAUAUGAGUUCAUUAAUCAGUUUGAUAGAGCUGUUGUGUAUGGAAGGAAGCUCAUGAGAAUCGCAAAAGAUUCUGGUGAUGUUGAUGAUGUACUUGAAGCACAUCUGUCAUUAGGAAUAGCACUACGGGAAUUGGAUCAGUACGAAGAUGCUCAUUCUCAUCUCCUCGCGGGAAAAAAGAUGUCUGAGUCGCACAAAAACAUCCACUAUGCUGAGRAAUUUCAAGAACWUUUGGACAUGUUCUCCAAACGCAUUGGUUUGAAGGAAGAAGCCAUCGACUAUAAAAAAGUCGCCAAUAACGUUUACGAAUCCAAGGAAUUCCAAUUCGCUUGCUGCGACCUUGAUAKGAAGCAYUUACAUGAAUACAACGAUUCCAUGAAACAGGGUGAUUACAAAGAAGCUAUUACCAAUCUGAAAAAACAUUUGAAAGAAUUUGACAACCAUUGGUACUACCACGGGAAUGCAAGAGUUCACUGCCUGCUAGAAAUCGCUCUUCUUCACAAUAAAGUCAAUCAAUAUGAGGAGGCUUUGAAGAGCUGUCAGGAAGGUCUUUCUAUUGCAAAWCAACUUGGAUCCAAGGAUCUCCAAGCAAGAUGCAAGUACAUAGAAGGARAGUUAUACUCACAUUUGGGGAAGAUAAGUAAAGCUAUCAAUUCUUACCAAGAAGCUAUCCRUUACUUUGACUUGAUGUUCGAWUCAUUUGAAGCAGAUAGCCAGGAAUUUAAGAUYUCACUUUUUGAAAUGCAUGCCAACUGCCAUUCAGCUUUAAUAGAUGCGCUCCUUUGCCGUAGGCACCUAAAGAAAGCGCUUAUGGCUUGUGAUCAUCGUCGUGCAAGAGCCCUUAAGGAUCUUCUUCGAAUGUAUAACAUGGACGUCAACAGUAAAMYCGUCCAGGAGGACAAACUGCWRUUCAGCGACAUCRAAGACCUUGUUUCAAGAGGUGCUUUUUCMAUACUGAGUUACACUUAUCAUGUACACUGUCCAAUGUGUGAGAAAGUGUACAAUUUUCUCAUUGAUAAGAAGAAGGAAUUGCAAUUCAUAAUAGUCUCGGGAAAGAAAAACAGUUGUGAAAGCAUUCAACAUCAUAUCGAUAGAGCUUUUCAAGAAAUUCAUCUAAUGAGACCAAACACCAGAUGCGAAAACAGGUCGACCAGCGCACAUUCUGAAGAAGCAGAGAGUAACGCUGAAGCUGGAUCAUCAAGCAUGAGCCAAGUGGACAACACCUUGGCGCCAUUGAAGGCCAAAACAAGGCAACCCCCAGGCAACACAAAUCUCUUAAAUGAGACUACAGAAGGUACACAUUGCAAUUGCAAAUUGACGGGCUUAAAGAUGUUGCACCAUUUGCUGAUAAGUCGACCCAUGUACUCAGACAAUGGUCGCAAAGCAAAACCAAGGACUAAACCUUGCCAACCUUCCCAGGAGGAACUGGUUAUAAUCCCCGAUGGUCCGCUAUAUAACGUACCAUUUGCUGYUCUUCAGGACCCCGACACUGGAGAGUACCUCUCAGAAACCAAGCGCAUCAGAAUAGCACCAUCGAUAGCUACAUUAAAACUCUUAAUGGAGCGUCCAGAYGAUUUUGAAUGCAAAACAGGUGCGCUUAUCAUAGGAGAUCCCGAAGUUGGAAAMGUUAUCURUGAUGGMAAAGAAARASAAUUCCSAACAUUGUWUYUGGCAUAUGCCGAGGCCUUGGAGAUUCAUCRKAUAYUUSGCGAUCAGAUYCUCUUGCGAAAAAACGCAACUAAAGCUGCUGUAUURRAGCGUCUCAAGGAAGGAGUGUCAGUUGUACACAUYGCUGCUCAUGGAGAUGCCACGAAGGCUACAAUCGCCCUUGCACCCUCACCUGAAGUAAGAGCAUCAAAGAUUCCUGAAGAAGAGGACUACAUGUUAACCAUGGCUGACGUCCAAAAGGCCAAAGUGCGAGCAAAGCUAGUAGUGCUGAGCUGUUGUCACAGUGGGCAAGGCGAGAUCAAAGCAGAGGGRAUGGUUGGCAUGUGUCGUGCAUUUCUGGCGUCAGGAGCCCGUGCUGUGGUAGCAUCCCAGUGGGCCAUAAAUGAUGAUGCUACUCUUGAGUUCAUGAAGGUGUUCUAUCGUAAUCURAAGGAAAAGAAGAGUGCAAGUUUGAGUCUUCAACUGGCGAUGAAGUUCAUGAGAAGAACCGAGCAGUACCACGAGCCCAAGUACUGGGCUCCAUUCUUCCUGAUGGGUGAUGAUGUAGUCAUUGACGUUAACUAGAGACGUUCAUUAUAGUAGCUAUUUUCAGACCUCAAGGUCUAAUAAACUUCCAUGUAGCAGUACCCCCCAUUAGUCCAAAAGUCUAUGUAAGUACUGCUGCAAWGGUAUGUUUCAGGAUGGACAUCUUCCAUCUCAAUGUAACUAUUUUUGUUGUKAUCAAAUUUGCAUUGUAUUCAUUGACAAAGUUAGUCUGCCUCCGCUACAACACCUAAUAUGAUAAUUAGCAUUAGCUCAUCACAAUAAGGAUAAUUUUACACCCAGUAAUAAAAAAAGGAAAAAAAAAUCACUUUAUAACACGAUGGCCUGCUUUAGCAGCCACCACCGUGUCCUAGCGUUGCGUGACGACACAGAGUUGGCUGCUUAAGGAAGCUAAUGACACGAGUGCUUCAUGGAGUUUUUGAAAAUGAGAAAACAUGUUACUUCGGACCAGUGCAUGAGCUAACCGAAAACUGUUUAGCUAUUUCGUAGAGUAAUUCCGUGUAAGAGCCUUUAUAGUUAGCAAUUUCCACCUUUACUUAUAAUUUCAUUGGCUGAAAAUGCUAUUAUUCAUGUUUCGUAAAAUGUUAGAAUCUUUUCGAGAUUUAAUAGAAUAAAUAUAAACUCAUUUAAUAGAAAAAAACAGCCAAGUGUAUAUUGAUAUAAAAUUGCUUUAUUGGUUUCAUUAAAUCAUUUAGUUAAAAAAUACAUUCGUAAUAUAUGGAUGUUUAUGAAAUGUUUUAUCUAAACCCUGUAUAAAAUCAAUGUAAAUAAUAAUAUUUCGAAAACUGAASAAAACUUGCCACGAAAUUUACACCGAUUUCCCGUAAUGACUUAUGAACAUUGUACCGUUGAUCCAGGGGGGUUCAACUGURCAAAGCUGGCAUUWGUUAAUGUUUUUCCCGGUAUUAACUAAAUAACUUACAAACUUUCUAGGAGGGAUCCUUACUUCCCUGAAUUAGCCACUGAAUGUUCGGUUUUCGUUGCAUAUUAGCAUGGAAAAAUAUUAAGAAUAUACUUCAAGUUUAGAAAAUGUAUUAAGUUAAAAUAUACUUUAAACUUUACAUGCAAUGAAUUAUCCAACCUUAAACGUACAAUUGAUUAUGGGAUACUAUAGUUGUUUUACGUCCAUACAAUGUGUCAUACAUUCUGAUAUAAAUUCAGUUAGUGAUUGUCUAUAAAUUGACAUACAAGCUUGAAUUUCAAUUUGUUAUAGUUUGGUAAAUAGUAUAAAUCGUGAGUAAUAAUC